AUGGCGAAUCAAGAAGCAUCAACUAGCAAGAGACUCGAGCAAUCUCUCUCAAAGUUGCACAGAGAGCGUGGACGCGUGAAAGGUCGACUUACAAGGGUAGAGACAUACCUCAACUCAACAGAGAGUUUCACAGUGGAGCUCCUAGCAGUUCAUGAGGAAAAUCUUCCUGAGAUCAAAGCCGACUUCAAGAAAGUUCAAGCACUCAUUUAUGAUCUCGUCACAGACACUCAGAUGCAAGAUGAAGAAAACGAAGAGCAACAAUUCAAUGAACGAUGGUUGUGUGUUGCAGCAAGCAUCAAACAGUGCUACAAUAGCAUUUUACAAUCAUCAGCGGGAGACAGUGACAACACAUUAAAUUCAAACAACGUCAUGGAAAAGCUUGCGACAGCACUCGAAAGGCUUUCACUGAACAGGGAGUCGGCAAUUCAACCAAGAAUCAAGCUUCCUGAUCUUCCCAUGGCGAAAUUCACAGGCAAAUACUCAGAAUGGGAAUCGUUCAGAGACGUAUUCUUGUGCAACAUUCACAACAAUCCAGCACUGACAGCAGUGCAAAAGUUUCAAUAUCUCAAGGGGCUUCUCAUCGAGAAAGCGGAGUCCAUCAUCAAGCAUCUCAGGGUGACCGAGGAAAAUUACACAAAGGCCUGGGAAAUCCUUGAGGAACGUUUCAGCAAGAAGCACAAUGCAGCAGAGGAGCUCGUACAACUCUUCAUGAAUCAGCCAACAUUGACCAAACAGGACUCCACAGCACUCAGAAAAAUGUAUGACAUUGCUCGUGAAGUCACCAAUGGGCUCAAUUCUCUCGAUUGCGAUGAACGAGACGUCUGGCUCAUCCACAUUUACAUCAACAAAAUGGAUCAUGAGACCAAGACACUAUGGGCGCGUGAGAACAAUGGCUCUGAGAUUCCAACAUUCAGCAAAUUCUUGGAGUUUCUCGACGAACGAUGCAACAGUCUCGAGUCCAUUCAACUGAAAUCCACUGUCAGCAACAAUCAGGGUCAAUCCAAAGCAGCUGAUUCCUCAUCAAAGGGCGCAAAACCCAAAAUCCUCAACAAGGAUUCACACAAUCCAACACAAAAUCAGAAAUCAUACACAAUACAUGAGCAACACGCGUGCAAGAUUUGCGCACAGACAGGACAUGCAGUGUUUCACUGCCCAACUCUCACAGCAGCCAACGCUCAGAAGCGACUGCAGUUGGUUCAGGAAGCACACCUGUGCACAAAUUGCCUCAAGGCUACACACACAGUGGAGUCAUGCAAGGGCUCAAAUUGCAAGCAGUGUCAAUUGCGUCACAACACAUUGCUCCAUGAUGCCUUCUCCAAACCAGCAGAGACGUCAUCUACAAAAGCAAAGCCACAAGACACAAAACCAAUCAACAAACCUGAACCCCAGCCAAGCACAAGUACAACCAACAUGGUCGUGGCUAGCACAUUGCACACACAGGACGAUUCAACACAGAACAAACGAUACGAGAUUCUUCUUCCCACGAUCAGUCUGUUCGUCACGGGGGCAGAUGGAAGAUAUUAUCGUUGUCGGGCAUUCUACGAUUCAUGCAGCCAGCCAAAUCUCAUCACAAGACGUUUCGCUGAGAAAGCAUUCUUGCAGCUUCAACCAACAACACUUCGCCCUCUCAAGGGAAUUACACAGCAAACAAUGAAUCUGCAAUACACAGUCACAGCCACUAUCACGUCCAGAGACAAGAAAUUCAGUCAAACAGUGAAUUUCGUAGUGGUUGAUGAGAUUGCGGACAGGCAACCAAAUUUCGAUAUGGACAUCAGCAUGGUGUUCCCAUCAGACAUCACACUUGCAGAUCCUGAGUUCAACAAACCAGGCAGAGUGGACAUGCUUAUCGGUGCACAACUGUUCGGUAAGACUCGUCGCAUGGGCGCAUUUGGCGAAUCUCCUGAGUUCACAGAGACAGCUUUCGGAUACAUAGCAUCAGGCUCAAUCUCUAUGGAUGCCAACACUGACAACAACACAUGCUUUCUCACAAUGGAAGCUGACUCAUUGCACCAAAUGAUCGAGAAAUUUUGGAAAAUCGAGGAAGCUGAGAACAAUUCAUCAAAGCUCACACCAAAUGAGCAAUACUGCGAGCAACACUUCGUAGAAAAUACAACACGAGAUGAAAGUGGACGUUUCAUUGUGCGUCUACCCACAAAGGAGAAUCUUCAUUCAAUCGGGGAUACAAAGUCUGCCGCACUCAAGCGAUUUCUCUACAUGGAGAAGAAGCUUCAACGUGAUCCCAAACUCAAGGAACAAUACGUAAGCUUCAUGCGGGAGUACGAACGUCUGGGCCACAUGCGUCCAGAACCCGAAUCAUAUCAGUCAGAUCUACCAGAGAUCUAUCUGCCACACCACGCGGUCAUCAAGACAUCGUCAAAGUCAACUCCCGUCAGAGUGGUUUUCGACGGCUCAGCAAAAUCUUCUACAGGCAUCUCAUUCAACGAUGUUCUGCUAGUCGGACCCAAAGUACAAGACGACUUGCUUCCGAUACUACUCAGAUUUCGUCAAUAUCUCAUUGCAAUCAAAGCAGAUAUCAGGAAAAUGUUCCGCCAGAUUGGAGUUCAUGAAAAGGAUCAAGUCAUGAUAAAGAUUUUCUGGAGGGAAUCACCUGAUCAACCACUCAUCACAUAUCUUUUGACCACAGUCACCUAUGGCACCGCCUGUGCCAGCUAUCUGAGCACACGUUGUAUGCAGCAACUUGUCCAGGAAGAGGGUGACAACUAUCCACUCGCAAAACAGCCAGCAACCAGUGAUUUCUACGUUGACGAUUUCAUGUCAGGGCAAGACAGCGUUGCCGAUGCUACAGAACUUUGCGCACAAAUUCACAGCCUCAUGAAACAAGGGGGUUUUGAACUCACAAAAUGGGUGUCAAAUAAUCCAGAAGUCAUCCAACAAUUUCCACCGGAAGAGCACGAACUUGAACCAUGCCUUGGACUUAGUCCAGAUGACACCGUUAAAGCACUGGGCUUGAAAUGGAACACAAAAUUGGACACAUUUGCUUUCGAUGCUAUUCCGUACACAGACAAACUCACAAAACGCACCAUGCUAUCCGAAAUAUCCAAGAUCUACGAUCCAUUGGGCCUACUCACACCAAUCACGAUCACAGCAAAGAUUAUGAUGCAAGCUCUCUGGCUCAACAAGGUAGAUUGGGACACAGAUAUUGAGGAUUCUGAAAUUCUGAAACAAUGGGCAGAACUUCAACAAAGCUACAAGGAUAUGCACAUGAUCAGCAUUCCACGCAGAAUCACUUCACACGCACCACCUUACACUGCAGAGCUGAUUGCAUUCUCUGACGCAUCCACCAAAGCUUACGCCGCGUGCAUCUACGUACGUACUGUAUCAACGGAUGGGGAAGUUUGCUGCAGACUCCUCUGCGCCAAAAGCAGGGUGGCGCCAAUCAAACCACUUUCAAUACCACGCUUGGAGUUGUGUGGAGCAUUGAUGGCAACACAGUUGAUUCGUUUGGCAACAUCAUCUUUGACAAUCCGCAUCGAUUCAAUCAAAGCAUUCACAGAUUCCACAGUAGUUCUGCAUUGGUUGGCAGCCGAAGAUCCACGCAAAUGGAAGACAUUCGUUGCCAAUAGAGUUGCUGACAUACAGAGUACACUUCCACGCGAACACUGGGAUUACGUACCAUCAGAACACAAUCCAGCAGACGUUGCAUCUCGAGGAACCACAGCUAGAGAACUCUCAAAUGACUCACUCUGGUGGCAUGGACCAAACCUCGAAGUGUGCGGACUGCCAGAGCAGCAAUUGCAAAUCACAGAAGACGAGACAAUUCUUGAACAGAGAGUCCUCUCCGUACAUCACACAAAUCCUUUCUGGGAAAUCAUCAAGCAUUACUCACAAUUCUCAAGGCUCGUCAGAGUUAUUGCUUAUUGCAACAGAUUCAUUCACAACAAACUGCUUUGCAAACGAGAAAAUACCGCACGACGCACUGGACCUCUACAAGUGAGUGAGCUGGAUCGUGCCAGGCUACAAAUCGUCAAGGCAGCACAACAAGAAUCAUUCGCAGAAGACAUUCACAAUUUGCAACGCAACAAGGAGGUUUCACGAAAGUCAUCCAUUCGGAAUCUCAACCCCUUCCUGGACGAUGAGGGCAUCCUCAGAGUUGGUGGCAGGAUCGAAAAAUCAAACCUCAAAUACAAUCAAAAGCAUCAGAUUCUUCUUCACUCAAAUCAUCACCUCACAGAGCUCAUUGUCAGGAAGUGCCACGCAGAUACACUCCACGGGGGCCAUCAGCUUGUAUUGUCAUUCGUCAGGCAGCAAUACUGGCCAAUCAGGGGAAUCAACAUAGUGAAGAAGAUCGCCAGAAACUGCAUCCAAUGUUUCAAAACCAAUCCCAAGCUCAGUGAACAGAUGAUGGGCAAUCUACCAGCUUCAAGAGUCGACACUGAAUUCACAAAACCAUUCAAACGCAUUGGCAUUGAUUUUUGCGGUCCGUUCAUGGUCAAACCUCCACUCCGACGUUCUGCAGUAGUCAAGGUCUACGUGGCAGUAUACAUUUGCAUGGUGACACGAGCAAUUCAUCUAGAACUCGUUCAUGAUCUCACAUCAGAAGCAUUCAUUGCCAGUCUUCGUCGUUUUUGUGGUCGCAGGGGGCGUCCAACUGACAUUUACUGCGACAACGGCAAGAAUUUCGUCGGGGCUGCAAAUCAACUCACAGAACUUCACAAAUUUCUUCGCGCAAACGAUCCUCAAGAUGCGAUCAUCACAUAUUCCUCAGAGCAAGGCAUCAACUUCCAUUUCAUCCCACCAUAUAGCCCUCAUUUUGGUGGUAGUUGGGAGGCAGGCGUGAAAAGCUUCAAAACACAACUCAAACGCGUCGCAGGAAACACUGUUUUCACCACUGAGUCUCUGGAAACAAUAAUGGUGGAAAUCGAGGCAAUCCUCAAUUCACGUCCUCUGUGUUCCCUGUCCAAUGAUCCCAAUGAUUACACAGCACUCACACCCGGACAUUUUCUCGGGACAAUUCCAGACAUCAUUCCCAAUCAGGACUUGACGCACAUUCAGCAAAAUCGACUCUCCAAAUGGCGAUUGAAUGAGCAAAUUCUUCAACACUUUUGGAAGAGGUGGCACAAGGAAAUCCUCACAUCAAUGCAGCAACGCAAAAAAUGGCAAAAGGAUCAUUCCAACAUUCGAAUCAACGAUCUCGUAUACAUCCAAGAGGACAACGUACCUCCCCUCAAAUGGCCACUGGGACGAGUAAUCAGCGUUUCUUAUGGAGAUGACGGCCGAGUACGAUGUGCAAAGGUGAAGACACAACAUGGUACAUGCGAAAGGGCAAUCACACGCCUAGCCGUCCUACCAAACGGAGAUGAUGAAGAUGCAGUUCUGAACAGAGUUCAGAGGGGGCAGGAUGUUACUGCGAGGUCACACUGUGACGACCACUAA